GCAACCUUGAAAUUAUUUUAUUCUGCUGACACACAGGUUAGUGUUUGGAUCUUUAAUAGUAAAUCUAAUGGUACUUAUAGGUAUUAUAAUAAAGUAGACCUUAUUUAAAUACAGUAUAACAUAAAAACAAUGACUUAAAAUAAAAUUUAAAAAAAAUAAUAAUAUUAAAUGAGAGGUGACAAGUUUUAAAGACAUGUUAAAAUUGAUGAAACAUUUUAUUGCUAGUAAACACUAUUGCUGUAAUAUACAAUGUAAUUAAUUGUUGACACAUUUAGUUCUCUUUUUCUUGUUCUUUUUCUCAUUUUUGCUAACUAACGAAAUUUCAUUUAGUGUGUUAAUGUAAAACGAUAUAUAGAAAAUAGUUUUUUUAAGAAAAGUGCCAGAUGUUGUAUUGGUGGUAUAUAUAUAUAUUAAUCUAAAUGGAUUGUUUAUAUCCCUCGCGUUCACAAGGAAAUUACAAACUGUUAGAUCAGACAAGGGCAAAUUUCGACCCUAUCGUAAAAGUAUAAUAACAUGUCAACUAAGUCGGUGUUUUUUGCAAAACUAACCUAUUUUUACCAGUCUACAUUCUCUUAUUGCGUCACAUCACAUACCUAGCUAAUAAUAUUCACACAUAUAAGUUUAAACAUUCAUGAAAACAACGCACAACUUCCAGUCAUACAUUACAACAACAUAGGCCAAUCCGAUAACAUUGUUCAAUCAAAACACAGGACAAUUAUCCUCAUUCACUCACAAUAUCAAAUAUCCCUCGUAACAAGAAAAUCAAUAGCUAAUGUAUGCAAAAUUAUAUAAGUAGUAAUAAUGAAAUAUUAUGGAACAGUUUUGUAUGCACAAAUAAUUCAAAAAUAACGUGUCUUCUAUAACAAUGUAUAUUUUAAACGACCCAAUUAGUGAACCGUAUUGAUGGUUUCAUAUGCCUGCCAUAUCUUGUUGCCAUUGACCUGGGAUAGAAUUGAUUUCACUUGGUACUGACAUUUCUAUGGCAGUGUCUCUUUUAACUUCUUGAUUUGUAGCUUCUAGUUCAUUGUCUGCAUCGCGGCUGUCCAGAUUGAACAUAUCUGGAGCCCCACUUCAACAUGUUCCAUUUCCGCCGAUGUGUCAUUUCAUCUGGGUAUUUGAUAAUGUAUUACCUUGGUGUGGGGGCUUCUGAGCCAAUUAAUGCUGGCUUCCAAGAAUUUAAAAAUGUAUUACGCUGAUUAUUGGCGAUCUAAAAUGUGAGUGGCAUAUAAAUAAUGCCCACCACUGUGUUAAAACAUCAAUAAUCAACGUUGAAAUCUGAGAGCUAAAAAAAAUCUUUCAAUCGAAAAUAGACAGGAUAGUGUUUUAUGUAUUCUUAAAUUUUUUUUGUAAACAAUAAAGCAUUAACACAAAUCCAAAUAUACAUGUAACUAGUUCUUCAAACAAGUUUAAUCAAUGCACAUCUCCAGAACACACUAAACACACAUGCUUUUGGCAGGCCCUGAGCAUGUUCUUUGCUCGCAUUGGUUAUCCAUUUAGACUGUUAAGUCCUAUAGUCUAAUAUCACAACACCCCGAAAAAUUAUCCAAGAACAAAGGUGCUUGAUGUUGUGUUUGAGACCUUAUCUGUAAGAUAUAUUAUGAAGGAAUUGGAUGUCGAGGUUCAUCUUCUUCAUAGGUGGACUCGGAGUUGCUGAGCGUGUUAAAGAUAGAUGACUGAGGACUCAGGUAAUAACUUCCUGUCAUUACAUCUAAAGCUGGUUUAAAAUCUUCUUCUGCACCGUAACUGGGGCGAGCGUGAUGUUAACGUCUUUUCCAUGUGUUGUCAUUCGGGUAGAGCUUUACCAUAAAAAAAGUUAAGUGUCUUUUGUUCUUCCAUAUAUUCUGACAUAAAAUGGAUUUCACUGGUUAAAUGAUUCACUAGGACAUCUAUAUUCCCCAUUACAGACGGCUAUUUUUUUAAUGUUCUCUCUGUUUUCUAAUAGCAGAAGAGGGAAAUAGAACAUCAUUAACGUUUCUGAUUUUCAGAUUUUCAGCAGUUACCUAGGUGAUAAUCACUUAGCCAAAGAUGUCCUAUGGUACUGGCGUAGAAAGUAUUGAAGAGAUUCUUUUAAAGUAAUGAUUAUAUCCUAAGUGAACUCUUGAAACUCUAAGCAGCUCUAUUCGUAACGGGAUAAUAGGAAACUCGAGUGAGAUGUAGAAUGCCUCUUUAUUUGCACUACAGCUGAGAUUCUUGUGAGAUGAAGCCCCUAGCCUUAUCAGUUACGAUAGCCUAAAUGAAAAAAAAUCUUCCUACAGAAGAUCAGCCAUGUUUUUGGUUGAUAUGGUUGUUGUCCUGUGUAUACACGGACAAUUUGAUUAAGCAUCUAUCAUUAUCAACCAAUAUGAUAGCUUAAAUAAAUUCGCAUUAUUCAUAUGCACUAGACUUCAUGUUUUUUCAUUUAUCAUCUAUUUUUUGCAGAUACUGCUUUUCUUAGGUCUUUCGUGUGUUCUGCACAUGCCAGACGUGUUUGACCCAUACUUAUUAUUUAAGCAUCAAACCCCGUCCAAUACACAUGUGUAUAUGGCUCACUGCUUUACGCUAAAUUUCAAAUUAUCCUAUAUGCAGGAUUUGGAGAACCUGAUACUGUAGAAUAUUUUGUACCAUAAUUCUUGGCCAAUAAAUCUAUUAUAAAGACUAUUUUAUACCACUGAGAAGUAGGCUGGCAUAUUUUAAAAAGCUCAUAAAAUGUACGUCAUUGUUCAAGAGUGCUUUGUUUGUUGAGUACGGCAUGACCUCUUUAGAAAAUAUGAUUACUAUAGUAACAUUAGAGUCUUUGCGUGACUCUUUAGCAAGGACCCAUGCCAUCUGUGUGUCUGAUCUCCAAGCUGUCUUGUUUAAUUAUAAUAUUAUAUAUACAGAAUCAAGGCUGUUUAACUUUAUUAACCAUUGAAAAUUUCACCUGAAGGCCCUGAAGUAUUUGACUAAGAGCACACAAUUUUUAAUCUUCAGUUGACUUCCAGAAUUCAAUGAUACAGUCGUAUAUUGACUCAAGGUAAGAGCUCAUUUGACAAAACGAUUUGCCACCAGGGCUUAUGUUUCUUUUCCUUUAGAAAAAUAUACUGUUCAGUUGUUAAUAUUCGGUUACCAAAACAAACUUCCUUCCAAACAAAUAUUGAUGUAACUUCGAUGUGCAAAACUAAAGGACAGUGGCUUCUUCUGAAUCUUCCUAUUUUUGCGUUGUGUCCCUGUGAGAGUUUGUAAAUGUUAGCCAUAAGGCGUUCACUACCGUCAAGGUAUCUGUGGAGAAGAACACUGUCCAAACCAGCAUUAAAGCCGUCACACGCUAUGCCUAUGUCUAGAGUUGGAUAAGAGUGAGCCAGAAAUGUAUAUUUAAAGAGCAGCUGAUUGACGUUUCUAAAAGUUUUCUCUUGAUCAGUUUUCCAGCUCAUGAUACGUUAUUUUUUGUUAACUAAUACCGUGGCUUGAAUGCAGUUGGUAGGUCUGGUAAGAACUUUUUGCGAACAGCCAUUUUAACAAGAAAUCACCGUAAACUGUAAAUAUCUAUGUGUAACGAUAUUGCUAUAACUGCAUCUACUUUUGCCACUUUGUAUAUGCUAUUGCUUGAUAAUUUAUACUUUAAUAUUCGAUACAUUGCUGGAAAUAUUUGCAUUUUCCAUCCUGCAAUUUCAGCCAUUUAAUUCAAUCUCUUUAGUAUCUUGUGGAGGUUGCUGAAAUGGUCUUCCUUAAUGUUUCCUCUUUCUAGAAAGUUGUUCAUGUAUUUAGUAGUAGUACUCACGUCAAAUUCUUGCCAGUUUGUCUAUGAUUUCUUGGAAAUAAACUGGGGAUGAGUUUAAUCCAAAUGCUAGACGUGUUAGCAGUAAUACACUUGUAUGUGUGCUUAAGGCUAACUUCUCUUGAGAUUCUUUUGCCAGCUUGAUUUGAUUACAUGAAUCAGCCAGGUCUAAUGUCCUGCUAACAAAUUUAUCAUCAGGGUUCCGGUAAUGGCAUGGAGUCUGGGUCGUUUUUAGAGCAGCGGAGACCCGUUUGGUACUGUAACCUUUGUUUAUAGGGACAAGAUAUCGAGGGCGCUGAACGAAAAGGGGGGUUAGAGUUUUAGCAAGGUCUCAUUAAGCCACUCCAUCAGUCAUCAAUUUAGUAAAUGCCUCGUCACGUUAAGGAGAUACCCUAGCGUGAGAAGAAACCCUACCAGCUCAUGACUCAUCUGGGAAUCAAACUGUGAAUAAAAAGGCAUUUCCGUGAAGUGAAUAGUCGGUUCAAGACACACCCUCUUAAAUAUACUGAAACACAACUUGAUGAGAAAAUAAUUAUAACAUGUGUAGACAGACCUUACGGGAACAAAAUAAAUCACGCAGAUGUGAACUAAACAUAGUCAUAAAAAUAGCUCCUUCCAGCGGCAUAACUUACGUAAGAUCUUCAUGAACCGAAAGUCGACUUAGUUCAUGUGUCUGUAAAAUUUGGCAAUAUAGAUGGCUUUUAUUGGACUUGUAGUUGCUGUGAUAGGAUCCCGAAAUAAUAAAGAACUGUUUUAGUUAUCUUCAUUGAGCCUUGUUAAUGUACUUAAUUCUUAGUUUUGACCCUUUGGAUUUUUUUUUUUCAUUUUCCUCCAAGUGAUUGUCGCAAAGCCUGCUAUCGAAAUCAAGUUCGAAUAAUAUUUUAAUUAUUUUUGAGCUUUAAACUUUCAUUAUUAUUUGCAUUAAUUAUAUAGUCUAUAUCUCUUAGAGUUUUUACAAAAUUUCAAGGGGAGAAAUUUAAAUUUUUACUUUUAUAAUUUUCAAUGCAUUAUUAAGGGUCCUUAUCUUACUUAUAAUUAAAACGUCACAUUAAAGAACGGUCACUCAUCAUGGUCUUUAAUUUACCUUUAACGUAAACUAUAAAGUUAAGAGAUCUUGUUUUAGAUAUUUUAUUCUCUUAAUAAUGACUACAUUAAAAAAAAAAAAGGGUUUUUUUUUAAAUUAUACAUUGUUUUACAUAGUUAUAAAGAUUAUGAAAAUGUCCAUGGGUAAUUAAAGUUUAUGUACAGUUUUGUUAACAUUUAUUGGAUUGUAAUACCUUUCAGGGGAAUUUCCCCAAUAUCGUUUAAUAUAAUAUCUUUUUUUUUUUCAGUUUCUGGUUCCAAAACGUUGGAUUAUUUUAAAAGAUAUAAGUUUAUAUAAAUGUCCUUAUCAUGUUUUUUUAUAUUUUUCUUAAUAGUCUAAGAAUUUUAUCAAAGUUCUAAGCUCAUAAAUAAAGAGAGUUUUGAAUUUUUUCAUGGGUGGAGGAGGUUGUAGAAGGUAUUUUCCUUAUAAUCGCUUCAACUUCAUUUAACGCUAAUUUUACAUAACUGACACAUAAGUAAAUUUUGCUUCUUUUGCAAAAUUAGUAAGCUUACUUUUCGUAUUUCCUUUUAAAAUAUAUCGGUGGAUUUCACACAAAAAAAUAACCAUGUCAAUUUGUUUAGAGGGUUUCCUAGUUUAUAAAUCAAAAAUGUUUUUCCUUUUAAUUUUUUUUUCAUUUUUAAAGCGGUGUUUAUUUAAAUGAAUAGAUACAAUGUACAUGUUCAAAGAAACACAAUUGUUAAAUGCAUAAGUAUUAAUUAAAUAAAGAGGCAAGUAUAAUUAUAUCAUUUAUUUUUGAGUUCACAAUUAAGAUACAAAUAUUAUACAUGCAUUUAAGUAUUUCUUGAUUUUAACAAAAUUUAUAAAUUACUGUAAUAUAUAUAUCACACAAUCAACGCAACUAAUUAAACUUUGUUUUCCUCCUAUUUUUCUUUUUUUUUAAGCGGUAAAAUUCAACAGGAUUGAAAUGGUUCUAUAAAUGUUUUUUUUUUUUUCUUGUGAGAAGAUAAGCAAACAACAUUUAUGGAUCAAUAUCACAUAAGAGGAAAUUAAAAGAAAAUUUUUUUUUUUUUUUUAGCGGUAAAAUUAAAUAGGAUUGAAAUGGUUUUAUAAAUUUUUUUUUUUUUUUUCCUGUGAGAAGAUAAGCAAACAACAUUUAUGGAUCAAUAUCACAUAAGAGGAAAUUAAAAGAAACAGUCGCUGCAAAAGUAUGGCUUCAUUACAGAAAGACGGCGAAAAUGUUAGCGAACUUGAACUUGACAAUCCUGAGAUCGACGGUAAUUUUGCUUUAAAAAUAACAUAAAAAUAGAAUUAUUCAUAGAUAGAUGAGUGGAUUGAUUUUUGAUAGACGGAAAAACUGGGGGGCUGAAGAGAGGCAGAGUGUGAGCGAGUCAUAGAGAGAGAGAGUAAGAUAGACUUAUAAAGAGAAAUAGAGAUAUAAAUGGUGAGACGGAUAGACAGAUGACUUAUGACAUCAAAUUGUAAACUUAGUUUGUUUUAAUACAUUUGUUACAUUUACAGAUAUAAAAACGAAGCAUUAUUUUUUUUUUUAAAUAACGAUCAUAACUUUUCGGUUAAAAAUUGUAUUUUACUACAUAUAAAUUUGAUUUAAAAAUAAAAUGCCCAUGCAAUGUAACUUGUCACAAUGUAACUUAAAAGGUAUAAGAGCCACAGAGACAUGUUAACUUUCUUUUAACGAUCUCUCUAAUCACUACCUAUCGUAAGUUACCUCAAUAAUGAUUCAACUUCUAUCCUCUAUUCAUUGGACGUUCUUAUUUUAAAAAUCCAUAUCAUUAUGUAUGCAUCACUUUAAAACGUAUAUCUAUUAUUUUUAUCCAAACUUAUUAUUUCCUUUAUAUCUCCUAACCUGAAAACACAUAUAUAGUGGAAAGGAUCAACGUUCUGCUCCUCUAAGUAGUUUGUAUAUUUUUACCCACCAAAUCACGCCCAACCCACUCCCCCACCCACCCAAAGCGGUAUGUUUUUGUGUUUUUCCCUGUAUAGGCUGCUUGUUUAGUUUGUAAAGCUUUUAAAAUUUAUUUUUUUAAAGACGCGUUUCUCGCAGUGUUCAAAACACAUGGAAACAUCACAAAAAGCUUUGUCAUUUAAAAGUAGAUGCAUCUAUUUAUUGGUCUCGAUUAAGUUAGGAGACUCUCCAGCUCUUGACCGAUAGCUACCUGUAAAAGAUUAUUUAUGACUCAUAGUGAAAGGAAAAAGAAGUGAUUCCAAAUGUUUUAAAAAUUGUAAGCACUGUGUGGAAUAAUAUACUCCUGUUCAGUGAUCAUCGGUAAUUCCUAGCUCUUAAAUAGAGGGGCUGUGGGAGUUUGUAAUAAUGUUAAUCCGUAAGACUAUAAAAAAAACUGUUGCCCAGUUUUCUCAAAUAAAUUUUCCGCACCCAGCGUAGCUUGCCCUUUUUAUUUCUGUUACUAGCGAGUGAUCUUAUUUAGACUAUACCCUUCCUGGUUGGUUCGUAUUCUCCAUCUAUAUUCAUUCUUUCUUGAGUACAUUUUUCUCUAAAGUAUUUGACAGGUUUUCUGUCGUUUUUUUAGGUUCAAAGAUUCCCUUGCGUAUGUUACAGCCGGUCAGAUUACAGUUUUAUUUAUAGUUUUCUUAGUUUUUCUUGCUAUGUUUUAACUUUUAAGUACUUUCUGACAUCUGAAGAAUGCCUUGUUUCCGGCCGAUAUUCUUUCUUUUUUCGGUUAGUAAUUACUUUAUUUCAUAGUUAUUUUAAUGGACUUAUUUUUUCCAAUGUCUAAUUUCUAAUUUUAAUGGUUCCAUCCGUCUGUUCCUCUCUUAUCAUAGUCAUGUAGUUUGGUUUUUUAGAUGUUGUUAACUUUCUGCUUGUAGUGUUGCGUCGUCUAAUUAAAGGCUUUUGAUAUGUCUUUACUAUUUUUUCCCUAAUCGUGCUAUGUCAUCAGUACAUGCGAGAUAAUAAAUGGUUUUUUUUGUAGCGAGAGCCUAUAACGUGUGGGUCUUGUGUCAGAACGUGUCCUGUUAUUGUUGCUCAGGUUUCAAGUCAAUAUAUAUGUUUCUUAUAACUCUCUCUAAUGUAAGUUUAAAUAGGAUACAAUAUAGUGAGUCUUCUGGUCUUCAUCUAUUCUAAAAUGUCAUGGAAUACUCUCAAUGAACCUUGAUUUUGCAUUUUAAUUUUUAAAAUGUUUUAUUUAUCGGUCGUGUCAGUUUUCUGGAUAUGCCAAACUCCUGCAGAGUCUCAUAUAGAUAUUAUCUUUUGAUGCUGUCAUAGACCAUUUUAUAUUCCACCUUAAGUAGAUGUACUCUCCCUCCAUUUUCAAUAAGUUCUGCUUUGAUAAGACGUGUUCCAUGGAGUGUGUUUAUUAUUAUUAAAUUGAUUACUUCUGUAGCUUUAUGCAAAUUUAGGGAAUUAUUAAAGAAUCUGUUCUUUUAUGUGGUUUUUGAUAAUCUUCAACUUUCCAACUGUCUGCACUUAAUAAGCCCUCAAAAUAUUUAGCCCGCCUCUCCGGUACUUUACUAUUUUCCGUAAUUAAUUGUUCAUCAUUUCCCUCACAGAUUUGAGUUUUGGGUUCGUAUCGAUUCUUUUCAUAUGUUAUCUUCAUCUAAAGACCUCUGAAAGUUCGCUCUCUUGAUAAGUAAGAUCUUCUAGUGUGUAAUAAAUAUAUAAAUAUAACAUAAUGAUUUCCAUCCUAUUUGACUUAUCACUUUUUUAGCGACCGUAGUUCCUGACUUCCCAGAGUCAACUGAAGACUUAGAGGAAGACAAUGCAGGUAAUUUUGUAUACAUUUGUUGGAAUGUGAUAUCACUUUUAAAGAUAUUUAGAUGUAAUUGAUUAUUCCAAAUAUUGAGUAUACUAUUUUAAAAUUGCACAUUUUAAAGAUGCAUUCUAAAUGUACAAAAGUCAGUAUUUCAACCAAUAAUUACAUGCAAGUAUACGUUUCACGACCAAUAAGUUAAUUUUACAAAAAUCCAAAGUACUUAUUCUAUGAAUUUGUUUUGAGAAAUUGUACUAUCUUCAACUAUUUUUAUAAAUAGAAACGCAUGCUAAUUUUUUUAAUUUUUAACAUAUUUAAACUUUUCAGGACAAUCAGUAGUUCAUUAAUUUAUACGACAAUGUAAUUAGAAAUAUUAUAUUGAAAUGCGUUUAAAAAAAUUGUACUGUAUUUCUAAAUAAAAAAAUGUAUAUUUCAUGUAAUUUUUUUCGAUUUUAUUUCAAGGCUUAAACAAAUAAUAAUGAUAUCUUAAAUCUUAUUUUUUGUUAAAUAAAUGUUUCUUUGCUCAUAUUUAUAUUUGCAUAUAUAUAUAUAUAUAUGCAUACAUAUAUAUAUAUAUAUAUAUAUAUAUAUAUAUAUAUAUAUAUAUAUAUAUUUUAUAUAUAUAUAUAUAUAUAUAAUAUAUAUAUAUAUAUAUAUAUAUAUGUAUAUAUAUAUAUAUAUAUAUAUAUAUAUAUAUAUAUGUUUUAUAUAUGUAUAUAUUUAUUUACAUAUAUAUAAAUGUAUAUAUAUAUUAGAAUUUUUUUAUUAUAAGACAUUAAAUUAAGUCUUGAUACCAGGGGAUGAUAGAGCAAUUGACUCAACGAGAGCUACCUUAAGAGCAACUAAUGGUAAAUAUAAAUUUAAUUUAAAUGUUGAGUUGAUGGUUAACUUUAUCAUUGUUUAUGAAUUUGAUAUAAUUUUGAAUUUAGUAAACGAUAUUAUUUUUUUUUCAAACACGACAAUCAAAUUAAUGUCAACUAUUUUUGCCACGGUCAAUAAAUGAUUACCACAGAGUUUCAUUAAAAUCCCAUUGAAAGAAAAUUGAAAUUGUAUGAAUGUUAAAGUAAUGAGAAAACAUUUUAAUAUUAAUCUCAUAUUGUUUUUGAGGUGAAGCUUCGUCAAGAUAGCUUACAUUUAGCAUAUAAUUUUUUCGUUUCCAGCAAAGCGAGCUCUCUUUAUGAACUUCUACGAAAAAAUAUUAUCUUUUUUUUUUCACUUUCUUUUUUUUAAAAAGAACCAUAAUAUGUUAUAUAUUAUACCUAAAAUAUAUGUUAAUGUUUGGGAAAGUAUCUCUCUCUCUCUCUCUCUCUCUCUCUCAACCUCUCUCUCUCUCUCUCUCUCUCUCAUAUCAAUAUAUAUAUAUAUAUAUAUAAGUGAUGUGACCGAGUCUAUCCCACGGCUGUGGUCAGGAUGUCAAUCCCCAACACAGACCAAUUAAAGCAGAAACAACACCAAAGCUCUUGUUGGAUGGGAUCCGAUACACUUGCAUGGCGACUCAUCUAAGUGAAGGUAACUCAUAAUCGAAACCAGGAGAAGGAGUCCCGUAGGCGGAUAUAGUAAAUCAAUGAAAAAUUUCGACAACGCCUGCGACGCAACUGGUGCAAAACGUUAUCAUCCCUUGGGCUAUCCAGACUAAUUGCUGCCUUAGGAACAAGCUUAUCGUCGUUUUUCAAUUAGUCUCUCAGAUCUCUGUUUAAAAAUAUACAUACAUAUAUUAAUAACAAAGAUAUUUUUAGUAUUCAAAAUCUACAUAUUUGCUCAUGAUCUUACAGAGACAUUCUGAGAUUAAAUAGUUCAAAACCUUUGUUAAUUCUACAUAAGUUGAAAAGAGCUCAAAAUAUUGUUCAUGCCACUUUUCCCACAGCUGUCUGGCAUUCAAUACCAUGUCUCUAUUCCAGGGCUUUUUUAAAAAAACAAGCAUUGACAUUCGUAAUAUGUUAAUUAGGACUUUAGGAGGAUUCUAGCUAGUAUCUUGUCUGUAAUGGAGAGCAAAGUUAUGCUGCGGUAGUUGUAACAUACUGACGUUCCGUUUUCGAUUGUACAUGUGGACGACGGAUUUGUCCUUUAAAUUUUAUUGCUCCUUCUCUUCUGAAUCCCCUCAGUCAGAGUUUUACAGACUACCUGUUAAAUUUUAGCUGGCUUUGAAUAAUCCCAUUCAGCUUUGCCACUUUAAAUUAGGAUUAUGGCUUGUAGCGUUUUAUUUACUCUUUCCUUUCAUGAUUAAUGGGUACCUGCGGUAGUUUAUUUCUUGCAGUGUCUUUGACUGAUAAAGGGCGACCUUAGAAGCUCUCAAAGUACUGUGAAGAAAAAUGAUUUAAUAUCAACCAAAAUGUCACUUCUACCACCGGUCUUUUUUCAAAGCUAGCGCAAAACUAUUAUGCAAAUACAUUUUUUUUGUCACUUUCCAGUAUCUUUUUAUCAUUGUAAAAUUUUGCGCUGAAGAGAAAGUCUAGCAAUGAGGAUAGAUAAUUUCAGGAGAAGUGGGAGACGGACUAAGUUUUUUUAGAGCACAGAGACACUCCGACAUGCCAUAUAUGCACCGAGAAAAGUGUUGCACAAGGAGUACAACAUCAGAUGUCAUAUAUUAACUAGACAUGCUGAGGAGUAUGAAUAAUAGUAGAAAGAUGAGAGAGAGAGCCUGUGUCGCUAAACUUAAAACACGUCUGCUGAGGAAGCAGGAUUUUUUCAAGAAACCAAUCACAUAAUGUGGUGCAGCAGUUGAAGCUAGUUACGCGGUGCGUGAGAUGAUUGCUAAGGCAGGAAAGUCAUCAAAAGAAGGCCAGUUGAUCAUGAAUUGCAUGUUUCAAGCUGAGAGUAUACCCUGUCUGGAAAAUACUUGUCAGCCUUUCAUCAGCCUUUUAGCCAGCACAGCGGCAGGGUGCAAUUCUGAACUGCCAGGUAACAUUUAUAAUGACCUAUGUGAGGAAAGUAAACAUUUUCAUGCUUACUGAGUCACUCUCUAUGAGAGCACAGUGUCAAGGGUAGAGUAAUCAAAGUUGUUCAGUUUGAUAUGAAAACGAUAGUUUUAUUUAUAUAUUAACCCCUUUUUUAAAGGAAAUGUAAUAUGUUUCACCUGUAAUUAAACUAGCCAAAAAGGAACAAGUAUUACUAGAGCAUACCUUAAACUCGUUGCAAAGAUCGACAGAACUCCCAUUGAUUUGGAAACUAUGUUUGUUUGUUCUGUGGAUUUUUUCGUAAGUAUGAAUUACGAUAUUUAUUUUUUUUUUAAAUAGUAAUUGAUAGUCCUUCUAUUCUUAAACAGUAUAAAUAUGUUUUUUUGAUAAAUUGAUUAAACAUUAUUUAUUAAAUGAAAUGAGUUAAACAUUAUAAAAACUACACAAUAUUGAAUCACGAUUAGCCGGUCAGGGUGUAAAGAAUCAAGUGAUUUUUAGAACACCUUUACUAGCCCCUUCAUUAUGCAUGGAGGUGAGCAGUGCUGACCCGAAUAUGGCUCCUCAGACACUCAGGUGGCUGCCGAACUCCACUUCUGUUCCAAUUAGAGAAUAGCGACCCUACAGCCUAAGUCGCCGUGUGCAGGCUUGCGGCUACGAUUCGCGUUGCACCACACCUGCUGCUUCGUCGCUCACAACGUCACAACCGGACAUGAGCUGAUGGAUGCUUAAUGACUGAUGACUUGCGCGGAUGACUUUUUUAAAGUGAGGAAGAGUUUCGGAGCGCUGGCCAAACUCCCUUCACUGAAUGUUUGAGGCCCAUCACGCCUUCACCUGGUUUAGCCAGCCAGUGGAAGCCAUGCCGGAUGUAUGGCCGCUGUUGCAUGUUAACUGGGGAGCCACGGGUGAGAGUUGAGUGACAGGAGAGGACCGAGGUGUACAAUCUAGGACCUCCCUAAACGCGUUCCCCUUAUAAAAUUGUUGAAGCUAUAAUAAAACAAAUUAACUCCCGGCUUCGACAAGAUGGCAGUAUAUUAAAAAUAAGAUCAUAAAAGUAAGAAAAUCUUAAUUUCAAUGAAAAUUAAUUGUAGGAAAUGGUCAAUUAAGUUUAAAAUAUACUUAUGACUUUGGUCAAUUAUGUGGAAAAUAUACUUAUGACUUUGGUCAAUUAUGUGGAAAAUAUACUUAUGACUUUGGCCAGGAUCAGAAUUUUUAUUGUCAGCAAAGCAUUUUUUUCCUUUUAAAGACAACAACUUGAUAGAUAUACUUAUACACUAAAAAAGGGAAGAGGUCAUUACAAAAAGAAACAUGCCAUGAAAGUGGUCAUAAAAUAAUGAUCUUUUUAAGUCUAAUGGGUUAAAUCACUACUGUUUCCAAAAAUUUCUAAAGUUUUAUGACUCAGAUUAUAAUAAUGUUACAUUUUAAGCAGAACUAAGAUGGCUGACCCUUGCUAAAAUCUUGAAAAAGAUUUUUUUAUUCCUAGCAAAAAAAUACAACCUUUUUUGCAAGCAAGUAAAUAAGGGACCCAAAGAUUUAAGACGAGAGUUUUGUGACUUUGUAUUUCACAACGAUAUAACUAGCCACCCAAUUGACGUAAAUCAUCGUCUACAUGUGAAAUAACAAUUAAUAAAUAAUAUGUAUGAUAAUAUUUCUGCAUUUCAAAUAGAACCUGGUCUUUUAUGAAAUUUGUUGAGGACAAAAAUCUUUACUCCCUUUCCUGCAUUGUCAUUGCAACCAGACAUCAUUUAUAAGGCGGCGUAUUAAUAAGCUUCUUUGAAAGCUGACUUAAACCUUGAAUUUGAUAAAAACGAAUACAUAAUUAUUUUUUUCACAAAAAGCAUCUGUUUUUUGUGCAUUUGCAGCGCCAUUCGCGAUAGUUGUGAAUUUAUUACCCAGAAGAUUACAAAUGGAACAUUGUGAAAUGUGUUGUGAUACACAGUUUAAGGAUAAAUUCCAUCACGCUGGUUUGGAAGAGUUCUAUAAAACGUAUUUGGCAAAGAUAAAUAUCCUUCGUUUUACAAACAUUCUCUGUCGAUGGUGUCACUAUUUGGAAAUACUUAUGGUGUCACUAUUUGGAAAUACUUAUGGUGUCACUAUUUGGAAAUAUUUAUGCGUGUGAACAGCUUUUUCAGUUAAAUUUAAGCUUAUCAAAUCACAAGUCAGUGAGAUCACGAAUUCUUGAUAUUCAUUUGGUAAAAUGUUUGCGUCUAGUGCAUCCGUCGAGAUGAGUUUUGAUUCACUUAGUUCUACAAAACAAAAAUCAGAUUUAAAUACUUUUAAAUUUUCUAAGGAGUAUUUUUGAUUCUCAAUUAAGUUGUUUAAGCAUUUUCAGGCGCGCUCUUUUUUUUAUACAAUGUAUAUUCUUAAUAAAUUCAAACUAAUAAAAAAAAAAAAAAAAUCAAUUUUAAAUACUUUUAAUUUUUCUAAGGGGUUUUUUUUAUUCUCAAAUAAGUUUUUUAACCCCCCCAUUCCCCCCCCCCCCCCAAAAAAAAAAAAUAAUUAAAUAAUAAUUUAAAACAAAAAUAUCUGCAGGAAAUAUAACUUCUGAAAAAUUUUGGCCGUCCUUGUCCUAGGUGAUUAAAAGUUGACUCUAUUGGAAAAUGGGGAGACGAUUGCUUUGCUUUUAGUGUUGUUAAAAGAUAUUGAAUUAGAAGGUUUUUAGUGGGUUUUUUUUUUUAAGUUAAUGGUUAACGAAAGACUUCGUAAGAGAUGUAUAUCAAUUAGAGAGAGGUGGUGUGAUAGUUGAAAUUGUUUUUUUGGAAGGGAGUGCGAUAUAAUAGGAACUGAAAGCAAUUUCGACACAGUCAUACUAAACCCGUUACGGAAAGAUUCCAAAGGACGAUUGUGACGUCUUUGGGAGAAAAAGAAGAUAUAUUAUUUGACCACCUUAAAUAAUCUUAACAAGUGGUUUCAUUCAUUAAAAUUAAUCCAUUAUUAACACAUUUUCUUGUAUUAUUCAACCAGUUUAUAAUAAAUGCUACAUAUAAUAAAUAUCUUGGAAAAUCAUUAGAUCAAGUUACUUUAUUCAGACUUCCUGGCAACGAAAAAACGCGACAUUAGGAGCGAUAUUCGUAGCCCAUAUUCCAAUUUAAAGCUUUUUAUAUAAAUGCUAGGAUGUGUAGAAUUUAAUUCUAUGAAAUUAAUAUAUGCUUUUCAAUUUAACAUUUUUUAAAAUGUCAAAUUUAAUAUAUAAAAAGAAGUUAGAUAAGAUUCAAUUAUUGAUCUAACAAAAUUGAUUUUGAUUACAUUGUACGUAAACUGAUAAUUAUUAAUACAAGCAUAAAAUAUGUACAUAUAUAUCUCUAACUAAAACAUUAGAAAAAGAAAACUUAUAGAACUUAAUUUAAGAGCGGAAUGAGAAUGAAGAUACAAGAAUUCAUACCAAGCCAGACUGCAAAAGUGUCUGAGCCAGGAAGGACAAUUAAUUACGGAAAAUAGAUAAUUACUGGAGAAAUCGGUUGAAUAUUUUGUGGACAUACUACAAGCAGACAAUGGACAACACGAAGAUUAUCAACCAUAACAUGGAGCAACAGAUUCUUUUAUGAACUUGCAAGAAGAAACUAUAAAAGUUAUAAUUUCUAUAACAAGCCACAAAGCCAAUGGAGAAGAGCUGAUCACAGCAGAAUUUUUUAUAUAUGGAUAAAUAGAAUUACACAAUCAGACACAAAUUUAUAACUACGAUUUGGCAAGAAGAGAAAAUUCCUACAGAAUAGGAAACAGCAUUAAUAAUCCUAACACACAAGAGAAGUUCCAAACUUCUUUGUUUAAACUGCAGAGGAAACUCCCUAUUAAAUGGUAUGUAAAAAUUAAUAACACAACUUUUGUCCAAAAGACUACAACCGUAUACUGAAGAAAAACUGGGGUAAUACCAAUGUUGAUUCAAGCAAAACAGAACAACGAAUUAUCAAUAAAAUUUCCCCAUCAGAAAUCAAUAGAGAAAUGUUAAGAAUAGAAUAUUACAGUAAAUUAAUUCUAUGAGGCCUAUUCAAUGACAUAUGACAGAACCAAAUGAAAUGUCCGCAGAAGUUUGGAGUAAAGUGGGAGCACCAUCAAGACACCAAUGAAAAUGGCUAAAAUUGAGACCUAAAGUUAGAAGAAUGAAUAAUGUAGAAAAUGAUCUAAGGCAGCAUGGAAAACAAAAAAAAUUAGUUAUGUCGUUGUGGAAGAAAGUGGUGAGGCAUGCUAAAUCUCUACAUUGGCUUUACGCAACAUGGAUAGAUGGAUGAAUAAGUAAAUAUAAUAUAUAUAUAUAUAUAUAUAUAUAUAUAUAUAUAUAUAUAUAUAUAUAUAUAUAUAUCUGGGACAAGAUUUUGGUUGAAGACUAAAUAAAAAAAAAUAAAAUAAUAAAAAAAAAAAAGUGGUGAGGCAUGCUAAAUCUCUACAUUGGCUUUACGCAACAUGGAUAGAUGGAUGAAUAAGUAAAUAUAAUAUAUAUAUAUAUAUAUAUAUAUAUAUAUAUAUAUAUAUAUAUAUAUAUAUCGGGGACAAGUUUUGGGUUGAAGGCUAUAAUAAAAAGGAUAAUAAAUUAUGAAAAAAAAUGUUGUUAGUAAAUAUCGUUACAAUUAGCAUUCUUUAGAAAAAAUGAAAUUUGUAUUUGUUUUUUUUUCUAAAUAUACAUUUAAAAGCAUUGGAAGAGAUUCAAUUUUACUUGAGGUUCCAUACAUUAAAAUCCGAUUCAGUACCAUACCUAAUUUUAGUUUGUAGAUUUUGAGACCUCCAAAUAGGACAAAAAGAUUGUAAAGCAAUAUGCUAUUUCCAUUAUAACUGAAUAAAACCUGGACAUUUCUUCCAAUAUAUAAAUCGGUAUAAAUCGAACAAAUAAAAUUAGAUUAAUAUAUUUAUUUUAUAAGAUAAACUCUUUAAAUGUAUUUUUAGAGGCAUUUUGUUCCUUAAAAUUAAUUCUUCCUUGAUAUAUUUUUUUACGAAAGCUUUUUUCAAAAAUACCACUUCGUUUUUAAAAAAAAAUAAUAUAUAUAUAUAUAUAUAUAUAUAAAUAUAUAUAUAAUUAAUGAUGAUAGCUACGUUUCAUUUUUUUUCAAGGAUUGUUAUGAGAAUAUUAUUCCGAUUAGAUUCCAUAACCAUUUCCCACCCCCGACUAAUUUUCAAGUGCCAAAAACAUGUCUAUGAUAAUUUUUUUUUGGUUAAAAAUAUGUUUGCAUCCGUUUAUGCUUAAAAUUAAAUAGAGCAGCUUCUAAUAAGCAUAUGUCUUUUUGUCAUGUGAGUCCAUUUAUUGUACUUUUGAAAAUAAUUGUUUUUUAAGAGGAAGACUAAGAGCCAUUCGGAAGAUGAGAUUUGAGGCAAGGAGGAAGAAAAGUUGGACUGAAUUAGUAAGGAUAUACCAUAAAAGGUAAACAUGAGAAAGUAUUGUGCAUGGGGAAUGAGAAAGCUAAUAAGCAAGCUGUGCAUGAUAAAAAAAGAUAACCAAUUUGUAUUUUAUUACAUUUUUGUCAGAGAUAGAUAAGUUCUCUACUUAGAUUGCAUUAUUUCAUUCAUAAUUUUAAAACAAUAAUUCUACGUCUCUCUUGAUAACUUUAUUCAUAAAAACAAUUUCAAAACAUCGCAUUUCUGUUAGGAGAAAAUGAUCAAACAUUAUGGUAUUUAAGUUGCAUUAAGGGGUCUAAAUAUAAUUAGAGUGAUUUCCUUUACAUUAUUUGUAUGCCACCAAAAGAUGAUAUUAAUUAUUUUUUUGACGAUGUCUUCAGCGCAAUGAAGUCUGGUCGAUUUCUUUUCUUUCGAAAAAAUACUAAUAUUUCUCAAUUAAAAGUUUGACUGCUAAUUUUUUAGCGUAGUUUCAAAAUAUCCAUUAAGUUAUUAUUUUGCACGUACAAAUUUGAUUUAGAUUAUUAGGAGACAUCUACUGUAUCAAGCUCAGAAAUUGAUGAAAAACAGGCAGAUAAAAUUAUCGUAGCCUUAAAUACAUGUGAUGUUAGUGAAUCCUGGGGCAUGUUUUUAGAUUUCAUUUUACGCUACUUAUAUGACCAAACCUCAGGCUUUUAACAAUGGCUUAUAUAUCUAUUGGUUAUUUUGUCUUCUGUUGACAUUCAAUUUGCAGGUAUAGCAAAAAGUAAAAGGAUUUUUAUAUUAAACAAUCUCGGCUGUGAUCUAACAGCGCACAUUAGAAAAAAAUGUUGCUGAUAUGGUAAAAGAUAAUAAUUCAUAGACUUCAUUCAAGUUAUUUAAAAUGAAGUAUAAGAACAAGAUAUGCUAAACUUUAAUUAAAACAUAGAUUGUUGUAUCCUUACAAAUUUUGGUCCGUUAAUGUUAUCUAAAUUAUUUUUCACAGGAUCAAUGUGUUUAUUCUUUCACUCCCUAUUAGCCUACUUCCGGCAACAAAACGAAAUCUCUAGAGUUGUUUACAUACUGGGCUCUUUUAUUUGUCAUACUUCUUUUUGUCUUGUUUGGUGAUGAAGGCUCCAAGCUGAACUUUUCAAAUAUUUAGUCAUUUCCAUUAACUCAAGUUUAGCAGAUCUUGAUUUUAUUUUUCUGAUAUGGAAAAUUCGAUAAAAUUUUCGAAACCAGCUAGCGCUCCAGACAAUGCUAAAGAUCUAUAACACAAGGCACUUGUCCAAUUGAUUUUUAGUGAGCCUGUAUUAUUAUUUGUUAUAGUAGAAUCAACUAAAAUAGCUCAAUAUUUUAUACGUUUAUUAUAAUUUUAAAAUUAUUGCUCAGAUUUCUUUACAAUAUUUCAUAAAUUACGGACUUGUUUAAUAAAUUUACUUUGUAAAAUUCUAAGCAAUCCGUACUAUUGUAUCAAUACUUUCAUAAAAGAAACAUUUUGUAUUUUAAAAAAUAUCCCAUUCCUUCAAAAGUUAAAAUGCAUUUUCCAUUAAAGACAAAGAGAGACAUUCACAAGCACCUCAGUUGACCACAAGCAGUUCAGAAAAUAACCCAAUAGAACUAGUGACAACAAACAGAUGGAUUUACUAUUAACAGUCCAUUACUCUCAACACUCAGCUGACCACGAAAAAUUCACUUGAACACCGAUGUAAUUUUAAAACUCUAUAAAACUAAAAGAACUCUUAACCAAAAAAAAAGAACUUUAUUAUUUUUCAAGAGAUUUUUUUUUAUUGGUGAAAACAUUUUUACCUGGUGAAACUUUUUUAUGAUCUAGAGUUCUUACAAUGGUCAAAAGUUCUCUUAUUUGUCACGCUCUUGAUCUGAAUAAAAUGUUUGCCCACGAAUAGCAACAUAGUUAAAUUAAAUUUAAAUCAAUUUGAGUCAUUAAAUUUUUUUCUACAUCUUCAGCGUGCAGUCCAAACAAAAUCGUAUGGCGGAAUGACUUCAUCAGGAUACAUCAGAGGCUUAGAUCUAAGUAUUGUGUACCCAAAGCUUUUACACCGCCGAUAUAUCAGAUCUACAUGUGUAUCAGUCAAUGGAUGGGC